AAAAAAGAAGUAUCACGUAAAUUAGCGAGCUAGCGUUGUCCACUCGUCCCACUCUCGUCCCACGUCGUCCUUUCGAUCGCGAUUCGGUCAGGUUGCGAGCCGGAAGACCGGGAGAAUCGGUUAGGACGGUUAGACCCGUAUUCUCUCUUCGCAAAGAGCAGGGUCUCAGCAUGCCACGAAAGCGUCUUAAUAAAGCAAAGGUUGAUUCUCCCAAAGCUAAACCUGGUAAGAAAACAGAAAAAUUAAAUGAAAAUGGAGCUUCAGUUAAAAAACGUGCGAAUGAUACAAACGAUGAACCUACCCCAAAGAGGCUGAAAACCGAUUCGAAGGGAUUAAAAAGCGCCGACAAAGGUGAUUCAUCUACCGCGAAGAAGGCGAAGAAUGAACCCAAGCAGAUGCUAAAUAAAACGGAUACGAACUUGGAUGAGAUAGAUUUUGGAUGUACGAAGUUAAACGAGGAAGGAAAGAAGUAUAAUCUGAAGAUCUGUACUUGGAAUGUUUCUGGGGUCCGGGCUGUUAUCAAAAAACAUGGAGCUGACUAUAUUGUAAAAGAAGAUCCAGAUAUAAUUGCUUUGCAAGAAACCAAAUGCGACAAGGAUAAGAUGCCAGAUGAAGUCAAAUUGUCAGGAUAUCAUCACUAUUUUCUUGACAGUAAGAAAUCAGGUUAUUGUGGAGUCGCUUUGUUUAGCAAGGAAAAGCCGAUUUCUGUGAAAUACGGUUUAAAUGAUUCUACCUUUGACAGCGAAGGCAGAAUGAUCACGGCGGAGUUCCCAGAAUUUUUUGUGAUUAAUGUUUAUGUGCCAAAUGCCGGACAGAAGUUGGUGACAUUACCAAAAAGAUUGGAAUGGAAUAAAGCAUUCAAGAAAUGGAUUGAGGAAUUAGAUCAAAAGAAGCCUGUUAUCAUAUGCGGCGACAUGAAUGUAGCUCAUCAAGAAAUUGAUUUAAAGAAUCCCAAAACAAACACUAAAAAUGCUGGUUUUACUAAAGAAGAACGAGAUGAUAUGACCGACUUUUUAGCUGCCGGAUUUGUUGAUACCUUCAGAUUAUUAUAUCCCGAAACAGAGGGUGCAUAUACAUUCUGGUCGUAUUUUGCCAAUUCACGCGGUAAAGAUAUUGGAUGGCGACUAGACUAUUUCUUGAUAUCAGAACGGAUCAAAAAUAAAGUGUGCGAUAAUAUUAUAAGGAAGCAAGUUUAUGGCAGCGAUCAUUGUCCUGUAAUACUUUACAUUAAUUUGUAAUUUGUAACAAUAAUAAAUAUGUAACACGUUCCAUUGUAUGAAAACCUCAGAGUGAAACUUUUAUCGUGUGUGAAUGCAAACUUAUAUAAACGAUUAAUUACAUUUUAUUUUAAAAAAA